GUUAUUUUGAAAGUUAUUCAGUUUGGGGUUCGUCGAGAUUUUCGAAUCCUAGACAUCAAUCUUUAUAUUUAUUGUAAGGUUAAUAAGUACAGUAAUUUCCAAUUCAUGAAUUGUACAUAUAAGUUAUUAUAAUCAAAUAUGCCUGAAUCAAAUGAGAAAACAAUCCCUGUCCGAGUUGCUCUACGGAUCAGACCAUUGGUUUCAAGAGAAGUAGCUGAUGGAUGCCAAGAAUGUAUUUCAGUAACUCCAGGAGAACCACAAGUUGUCAUGGGCAACGAUAAGGCUUUUACUUAUGAUUAUGUGUAUGGCACGGUAACAAAACAGAGUGCACUCUAUGAAGAAACUGUGCUACCRUUGMUCGAAAAAUUAUUCAAAGGAUAUAAUGCUACAGUGCUGGCUUAYGGGCAAACUGGGUCUGGUAAAACAUACUCAAUGGGAACAAGUUUUACAACAGURACAAACAGCACUGAUAAAGAAAGUCAAGGUGUCAUACCAAGAGUUGUCAGUGACAUUUUUGAAUAUGUGCAAGAGAAGAAGGAGACUGAGUUUUUACUGAAAUGUUCUUUUCUUGAGAUUCAUAAUGAGGAAAUUCAUGACCUGUUAAAUCCAAAUGCUUCUUCAGACAAGAUAGCCAUAAGAGAAAAUGUGGAAGGAGGAAUUAAGAUUGCAGGCCUUUCAGAGCUCCAGGUUUCAACAGGAGAUGAAAUGAUAAAGCUCCUCUGCAAUGGCUCMGCUUCAAGAGCUACUGGAGCAACCGCCAUGAACAGCACGUCAAGUCGCUCACAUGCUAUAUUUACCAUUGUGAUGGAACAAAAAGAUAAAAAUGCAGAAGGGGAUGUAAGAAGAGCAAAGUUUCACUUAGUUGAUUUGGCUGGUUCAGAGCGGGCUAAAAGGACCAAUGCACAGGGAGAACGAUUUAAAGAAGGAGUCAAUAUCAACAAAGGUCUGCUGGCUCUUGGAAAUGUUAUCAGUGCUUUGAGUGAUGAAAAUAGAAAAUCCAAUGCUCAUGUUCCUUAUCGAGAUUCAAAGCUUACUAGACUUCUACAAGAUUCAUUGGGUGGUAACAGCAACACUGUCAUGAUAGCAUGUGUGAGUCCAGCUGAUAGUAACUAUGAAGAAACCCUGAAUACACUACGUUAUGCUGACCGUGCCAGACAGAUAAAGAACAAACCAAUUGUCAAUAGAGAUCCCAUGGCUGCUGAGAUGUCCAGACUCAAACAACAAGUGCAAAUGCUCCAACUUCAGCUGCUUCAGGGACAAACCAUUAAUGGAGGUUUGUCAGAGGGACUCAGCCUWCAAGAAGUUGCAGAUCGAGUAAAACAGCUAGAGGAGGAAAACAUGAAGCUCAGUCAAGAGUUGCACAACUCUGUGAAUCAAAACACAACAUUGUAUGAAAAGGUYCUUAUGGCUGAAUUAACAAGAGAUAAAGUCGUAAGACAGUAUGAUGAACUCAAGCACUAUUUAACAAAUAAUAAAGUAAAACUCAUGCCAAGCUUGAUAGAAACCACCAGUGAAGAUCAUGAAGAAACUGACUUGGCAACAGAACUGCAAAAGAAGUUUCAUCAGUUUGAGGAAAGUUGUAUGCCUGAAAAUGAGCAAAACAACAGCCAAGAAACAAUAACUCAUGUAGAAAAUGAUCACAAAUGUGAAGGCGAUGCUAGUAUGGAUCAUGGUGCAUCUGUUUUGUCUUCUUCCAUGAACAGUUCGUUUGAGUCACAGCAUGCUCUACGACAGGCCGAACUUGGACGACAAGUCCAGGAGCUAACAAAAGCGCUUACUAUGAAACAAGAAUUAGCUGCAAAAAUGCAGCAAAAUGAAGGAGCUAUGAAUGAGAAAAUGCUYAAGCAGUAUGAGGUAACAGUCCGUGAUCUCGAGGCAGAAAUAAGUAAGCUUGAGCAGCAAAAGGCAGAACUUUCMCAGGCACUUUCUGCUGCAAAGUCAUCCAACAGUGAAGGUGAUUCCAGCAAGAGUAGACUUCGAAUUAAAGAACUAGAAGCUAAAAUAACUGAAAUGAAGAAGAAACAGGUCGAGCUACAAAAACUUCAGCGUUUGAAACAACAAAGUGACUCAACGAUAACCAAACUCAAUACAGAAAUUCACAACAUGAAAUCUACUCGAGUAAAACUAAUGCGUCAAAUGAAAGAGGAAUCAGAUCGAUUUCGAAAUCUGAAGAARGAAAAAGAGAAAGAAAUCAUGCAAUUGAAACAAAUGGAUCGGAAACGACAAUUUCAAUAUACAAAGCUACAAAAUAUGCACCAAAAACAGCAAGCAGUGUUGAAGAGAAAAACUGAAGAGGCUGCAGCCGCUAACAAACGUCUCCACGACGCACUUUCCAGGAGAAAAGAGGCAGCGGAAAAGAGGGAAAAGAAUCAAAGUCUUCAAAACAAACAAUCUGAUGGCCUUAUUCCUAGAAUGAAGUCGUGGUUGAGCCAUGAAGUUGAGGUACUUGCAAGUAUCGGCCAUGCUAAGAAGACCUUGGAGGAUCUUAUCGAAGAUCGCAAGACAAUUUCUCAUCAGUUAAACGAACUGCGCGAGCAAGAUGUCGAYCAGCCUCCAGCAAAGAAAAUGUUUCCGAUGAAAGAUACUUCUGAAGAAGAGAAGAAAGGAGAACUAGAGAAUCAGACSAAAAUCAAAUCACUCGAAGCAGAACUUACAAUCAAGACAUCACAAAUCGGAGAGCUUCAGAAAAAACUUAUUGAUGCCGAGUCUAACGUCGACAAAUCUAAGCAUCGCUGGAAUAACAUUCACACAAUGGCUGAAGCAAAAGCGAGUUUGCAUGUAUUGUUAUCGAUGGCUGUAGAUGCAAAAUCGAGGCAGAUAAACACUGAGAAGGACUUCGAUGGAAAUCAAAAAGAAUUGGACGAGCUCCGUCAGAGUACAGAGUGUUUGGUCAAAAAUCACGCAAAGCARCUGGAUUUUCUUCGAAGCGAUUACGACAAGAGAGUUGUUGUCCUUCAGAAAGAACACGAAGACAAAGUUUUACUUCUUCUGCAACAAUUGCCGACGGAAGAAGAAAAGGGCGAGUUAUCUCGUCUUCGUGAAUUGAUUCAUGUCAAGGACAACGAACUUGMAGAGAAACAAAAAGAGAAUGACAUACUGCAACAGCGUUUUGCAGCCUUUUCUGAUGCUUUGUCUAAUGAAACAACAUCCAUUAUCGAAAUGUCAGACUCUUCGGAAAUCGCAUCUCAGGAUGAAAAAGAGGAUGAAAAAGAGGAUGAAAUUGUAAUUGAAGAUAUGGAAGAUAUAGAACCCUUUGAAGACGCUGCAGAUGAUCUAACCUUGGACCCUGACUAUGUGUUUGAYCCAAAUGAGGCGGCAGAGACACCCCUACAAYCAGGAAAAAACAAAAGAACCUCGCUUGCACAGUUAGAAAAGAAGAAGAAAAUCCCCAUGAAUUUGGAAAAGAAAGUACCAUCCAUUACACCUGGAGGCAGCUGUGUAUGUACCGGGAAAUGUAAACGCAAUUGUAAUUGCAAGAAGAAUUCUUCRUUUUGUACACCUGGGUGCAGAUGUAAACUAGGGAAAUGCUGCAACAGACCAAAGGAUCCAAAAACGCCCAUCAUAGAAGACUCUUCUGAUUCCGAUUUAUCAAUCGAAAAAGAAAACUUAAGUCCACUGGUGUCAGAGAAGCCAUCAUUAAAAGAUAGCCAUGUCCUUUCAACAGUAGUAAAUUCUACRGUAACUCCAAAAGCACAAAAGAGCAAAAAACCAACAGUUUCUAAGAAGACARUAUCAACAUCAAAAGACAGAGAAAAUAAACUUCAGUCAUUACCAUCAAGUUCCACAAAAAAUGAUAAAUGGCGUAAAAUACGACGAAAGUCGGGCGUUCUCUCGAAAAAGCAAGGUAUCAGRACSACAUCAGUGACAACCACUCCACAUCGCUCGCUUCUUAAAACUCCUGGCUUUAGCUUUACACCAACCAGAACAUUAGUCAAGACACAAAAACCACAAGGGAAUACGAAAAAGAAUGUGGAUGGACAAGCUAAACAGCGCAAGAGAAAACUUCACAAUCCUUCCUUGCCUGCUGCACAAUUAGUGUAAGCAGAACUUGCUAUCUAGCAUCCCAUGAUGCAAUUGCGUAUUUACAAAGUAUCGACAAGCGUUGCUUUGUCAUAAAUUUUUGUUUUGAUGUGAUAAGUUAUUGCAAAACAUAAGGGCAUACGAAAAAGAAUGUGGAUGGACAAGCUAAACAGUGCAAGAGAAAACUUCACAAUCCUUCCUUGCCUACUGCACAAUUAGCGUAAGACUUAGGAUGAUACCAAACAUCCCAUGAUGCAAUUAGGCAUUCACUAUGUAUGGACAUUGCUUUGUCAUGAAUUCUUCUGAUAAGUUAUUGCGAAAGCACUUUUUAUAAUCUGUAUAUUGUUAAUGUGCAUGUAAUAUAGGUGGAAUUGUAUAUAUUCUCUGUAGGAAUUAAAAAUAAUAAUUAUUCAGUUUACU